GGAUGAAAAGCAACCAGUCGGAUCUAUUCAGUGAGCUGCGGAAAUCAGUGCUUUUAAACCUAUCUGUGUAGCCUAAACAUCGUGAUCAUCUUGAACUGAAAAAAUAAGCUGCACAGCUGAAAACGUUAAGAGAAAGAUGAACCGAGACGGAGACAAAAGCACAAAGACUGCGCUCCGGAGCCAGAAACAACACAAGGCGCAUCAGCCGGUAUCCGCCCAGAAGAAGAAGAAAGAUCCGUCUCCUAAAGGGGCCCAAAGUGGCUCCUUCUCCAAAGACUCACAGUCCAGUCAGGAGCUGAAAUCGGCGGGACCGCAGGGAAAACGACCGGGGAAAAUGUCAUCAAGUGCCACGGUGGAGAGCCAGAGGAGCCCCGCCGCGCAGAGGAAGCUGUCCGACGCCAGCAACGCUUCAGAGGACCUGAGCAAAGACUCCGGCUGCGUCUCUGGGAAACUCUCCUCGUCAGACAGCAGCUCAGAAAUAUCCGAUUGCCCCUCGGAGGGCAACAAGCACGACUCUCGGAGCUGCGACAAUGAAUUAAGCUGGAUAGACGGGAGCGCGUGUGUGAGCCCGGACAGCGAGGGCAAAGCGUGCGCGAAGGCAGCGAGAGAUACUUGCGCCCCCCAGCCGGAUGCUGCUGGAGGGGGUCUCAGUCUGUUUAACUCUUCAGGGGCGUUUAUAGAUCUCAUGAUGGGGGAGACAACCGAAGACCUUGUCAGGGAGGUGGAGGAUUUGAGGUCGGAGAACGAGUAUUUGAAAGAUGAGGUGGAGGAGCUUCGCUGUGAGAUGCUGGAAAUGCGUGACAUGUUCCAGGAGGAGGAGGUGUUCCAGCUGCAGGAGCUGCGGCUGCAGCUGGAGCAGGCCAGCAAGACCUGUCGCAUACUGCAGUACCGCCUCCGCAAGGCCGAGCGCCGCAGCAUCCGAGUGGCGCAGACGGGCCAGGUGGACGGGGAGUUGGUCCGGAGCUUGGAGCACGAUAUCAAGGUUGCAAAGAGUGUGUCCCUCCGGCUGUACAACGAGCUGGAGACGGUGCAGAAGAAGAAUUCCCAGUUGGAGUGGGAAAAUGAGACGCUGCGCGAGAAGACACAGGAACUGGAAGGAGCCAGACAGGUCUUACAGGCUGAGGUGGAGAAAGCCAGAGAGAGCUCUCUGAAGAAGAAAAGCCUCCGAUCAACAGCCAGUAAGGUUGAGAAGAGGCUCUCUCAACAGAUGGAGGAUGACAGCGCCGAUCUCAGGUGCCAACUCCACUUUGCCAAAGAGGAAUUAGCUCUCAUGUGCAAGAAGCUCACCAAGUUGGUAUCAGAGAGUGAAGCCAUGCGCGAGGAGCUGGCCAAAUACCACUCAGCCUAUGGCGACAUAGAUGCCACCCAAUCGGCUGUGGGCAAACAAAACUCCGCCCACGGCAGGGAGGCAGAGGUCAAAGUUCACUUGAAACUGGUGGAAGAGGAGGCCACACUCCUGAGCCGGCGCAUCGUUGAACUGGAGGUGGAGAACCGGGGACUGCGAGCAGAAAUGAGCGACCUGAGAGAGAAAAUGGGAAGAGGAGGAGGGGAAGAGGAAGAGGAAGAAGAGCAGCAGGAUGUGUUGGUGGAAAAUCUGUUGACUGCAAUACCGGUGAAGGAAAUAGAAAGCACAAUAGACGAGGAAGCAGAAAAAGUUAAAAGUGAUGUUGAGACAUCUCUGCUUUGCAACCAGUCACAGACUGAAGGGAUGAACGCUGCUUGUCAGAUUACUCGAGAAGGUCCCGUGGGUGGUGAGUGGGACCCUUCAGAUGGUACUGAGAGCUUUAACAUCAACAAACUUCAGAGGGGCCUCAAAGGAAUGACAGUGAAAGACUAUGAAACUCUUCUGGCUCUCAGAGAUCAUUCCUGCAUUUUGGGUUCAGCCAUCCAACUCCUGACGACACCACCCAAAAAUGGCCACUGCUCAGCUCCCUCGUCUGCUUUUACCUCUCCGACAGAGGUGGACUUGAAUGGCAAGGCACAGAAGAUAUUCCUGCCAGGGCCUUUGAACGAGGCGUUGGAGCUUCUACAGGCCAUGUUACUGGCUUUCAUCGGGAGGGUGGAGACGCUUCUAACAGGAGCAGAUUCAGGCAAACUCUCCGUGCACAAGGAGGGCCAGGCUUGGGAUUCCUACACUUUCUCCUUUCUCUCUGGAGAUGGUGCAGAUCACAAUGUGGAUGCUCUAAGCAAGCAGGAGUGUGUAGAAGACCUCCGCACCACAGAGGUUAAGGAGAGAGAAAAACAACUGAGACAAGCAACUUCCUUCCAAUGGGACCUCCUCCACAGCUGCAGGGACCCCAAAAUGCAACUUUCCUUGAAGAUUCUGUGGAUCAUCCAUCAGUGGUGUCAAGUGAAAGGACCUGGGCUAGAGGGAAAAGAGGGUAAAGACAAAACCAUGUCUGUGCUGCGGGGGUUGUUGCAAGACCUCGGUGCAGAGCUUCAGGAUGAGCGGAUUGAAUUCGACAGUGAGGCCAAGGCCACGCAAGGCAAGGCAGCUGAGUGUCCCGAUAGCGGUAUCUUUCAUGAUGACUCUGAAGCUGACAGAAUGUGCAACUCAAAAGGGAAAAGACUUAGGCGACAGUUUUCUCUUUGCUGCUGUAAGAGGAAGAACUGGUGCUAUUUGAGCCAGGAGGCUGCCCAGCUGGACCAAGAGGACCCCGUUAAGACAUGGGACCAUCUAAUCAUGCCUCUUAGCUUCCCUGAUCUUGACUUUGAGCAGAUGUCCCUGGAGAGAAGCCACACUGCUCCGGAGAAGUCAGCCAUCCGCAUCUACUACAGCCCCCCGUCAUCCCGCAGAGUCCAGCUGGCUCAGAAGCAAAGGCCCGCCACAGACAGAGAAUCCGUCAACACUGCCUCUCCAUGGUGCACGCCGCCGACCUCCUUUUCUAUGCUUUGUCUGGGCUCAUCUGCUAACCUGAGUGACGACAUGAAGGAAAUGACGGCCAGCUGGAGGCAGACAGUUUACGGCACUUCACAGGAGAAGAGAGGUAGAUUACAGGGGCAGUGGGUGGACAUGGCCUGCUCAGGUACUCAGACCCAUAUGAAGCCACAGAUGGUCAGCGUUGGUCUUCAGACAGAUGGAGCACACGGGCCAGUCGCUGUGAGAAGCAGUCCAUCUCGAGUCUUGAACACCUCCCUAGUCUCUGCCCGCUCUCACCACAUCUCCACCUCACUGGAUGGGGUAUCAGGCCGAGUUGAGAGGCCAAGACAAUCCACCUCCUCGCCUAAACUGUAUCGGAGACACUCUGCAUCUGGUGUAACCUCUCUCCCCUCAUCCACCAAUUUGAGCUCCUUAUCUACAUCUACGUCUAGAGAUCGAGCGCUGUGGAACCUGAAUCACCAAAGCCACACCAGCCUCACAAUGACCCGCCAAACCAGUCACAGAGCAGGUACAGGUCAGAACCACAGCUCUCUGAGCAGCGCCAAGCCUCCCAGCAAGUCUGCAGGCGCCAACCGUUACGGCAUGGUCACAGAGUUCCUGCGCAGGGUGAGCGGCCGGGCAGACAAACCAGUACCAGGGUCAGUACAGAAGACGAAGACUGGGCUGAAGAACAUGGAAAGUGUUCCAACAAGGCCUCCUGCCGCUCCUCUGCACAGGAACGACAGCGUGACGAGGAUCGUCAACCAGAGGUUCAUGAAGCAGAGAGAGGAGGCCAGUCGGGUCCAGAAAGAGGAGAAGGGGGGCAGUCUGAACCACAGUGUCAGACACAGCCAGAGUACCGUCACGGCAGAGGACGGAAACUACGACUGCAGCUCCAGCAGCACUUUGACCUUCUGCUUUGCUCGCCCAUCUCGCUCCACCCAGAGACAAACCCCAAACCAGAGCAAACCCCACCGACAAAGAUACUCGCCUACAGUAAGCGCGGCUGCAGACUCACAGAGCUGUGAGUGAGCGGGAGGAGAAACAGCUGACACUUCUGGACAGCUGAGAGCAGUCAGAGCCACGGGGGGAAGGAAUUUUAAAUGUAAUGGUUGAACUGCGAGAACCGUUAGACUCUAUGUGAGAUGUUUAGCAGAACUGUGAGUACCUUUUAUAGGUCAGUGUUUCCUUUUGGUGCAAUUUGUAACACUCAUCUCCUUUUAUAGAUGGGCUUAAUCUUGAUUUCACUUACCACAAACUUCAUAUUUACAAUUUUAAGCUUUUUGUAAAACUGAGUCUGCACUUAUAUAUGAACUGCUAAUUAAAUGUAUAUUAUCUUUUGUAGUAUUUUGUAGAGAACAACCCUUAUGUUCUAAUUGAAUAAACUUCUAAGAUCUGA